GUUAAUGCAUGGAUAAUGGAUUUAGCAGAUCAAAUCGAUGACUAUAUCUGUUCAUUUGAGGGACUUGGUGACUUAACAAUGGACUCUUUAGCCAUGUUUAUAUUUUUAUGGGCCGUUCUGGCCCUAUUCUCAGUAUGGCUAUGCAAAUUGCUAUACUCAAAGUAUCUUAACAAGAAGCCAGCCAGUGCGGCAAACAGUCGUCAGAGUAGUGUGGCUCCUGGUGGUCUGAGCACAGGAUCGGGCUCAGCCACGGGCAAGCCAGAGAAACGUUUAUCCGAGCCACGUGAUUUGAUGGCCACCAAGACUAAAGUGGAUGAUCUAGCUAAACCCCUAGUGGGUGGCAUUUCAGCUGGCAGAGGUCGCUCCUCCGCCUCACCAGGAGCAAUUGGAGGUGGUGGUGGCGGCGGAGGCGCCGCAGGGCCACGUCGUCGUGUGGUACGUCAAAGCUCAACAGGACCAGAGAAUCGCAAGACACGCUAUGUGCCACCACCUUCAAAUGUUGUGGGACCCGAAACGAGCUCUGUUACCUGGACAAGUCAGGUAUUUCGCUGGCUUUACAGCGAUCUAGUCAUUGUGAACGAAUUACUUAUGUCCUGGGUGAUAGCCAUCAACGAUUCGCUACGCAAAUCUGUGGAGGAGCACGGUGUGGCCGUUGAAGUUGUACGUGUCCUGCCCGAUAGUCCAGCACCAGGAUUAAAUAAUAUUUUCUGUAACUGCGAUGAGAAUAAUCCCUCCGAAAUGUUGAUUACUUUCGAUUGCGAUGCCAUGCCAGUGCUGCAGGUGAAGACCUUUCGCCAGAAAUCGGGCAAGGUGGAGACAUCGCAUUAUAAGGUCACUGUGUCGCGUUUUCGUGCACGCAUGGCCAUACCAAUCAGCUAUAAUACCCUCAAGGGUGAGAUGCGUGUGGAGGGUUAUCCAGAUGUGCGCAUUGCCAUGAAUAGUGUGGGAGCCAUUAAGGCCAUGGAUCAGGAUGAACAACAAUUGCAGACAGUGAUUAGUGAGAUUUUGACUACGGCUCUGCGUGACACUGUCUAUCCGGUGGACUUUUCCAUAUAUUCCACAUGCCCGCGGGCUGAAGUUGAACCAUUGGAUUUGCCUGUAAUCUAUCCCGUCCAUUAUGAUUCGCUGGCGCACAACAUGGAACAACAUCAUCUCUCUGGAUUCCGCGACUCGCAGCACAUGUCCGCCUCAAGUCGUCGUCUGUUGGUGAAGAUUGUCAAGGGUGAAGGCCUCAAGGAUGCCCAUGAACCGUAUGUGGUUAUAGAAAUGGAUGAACCAGCCCAGAAGAAUCAAACAGGCACUCAGCGUGGCACUCGGCCUUAUUGGGAUGAGCAUUUCCUAUUUGAACUCUCCCCCCAAAGUGCUGAAAUACUUUUCGAAGUCUACGACCAUCCAGUGAUUGCAUCUGAUCCGCCCAAGUUCCUAGGUCUUGGCCUGGUUGGCAUUGAUGAGCUGGCCGUGGGACCGGCUUCCACACAACUGCUUCAACUUCAACCGAGACCAUACGAGACCCAACCCGUGUCUGGAGCAAUAACAGUUGAUUUCGUCUUCAUCGAGGGAGCCGAGAUUCCUGUAAGUCAACGUCCUCAGCGCCUCAAGGAGGCUUUGCGUCUCAGCACGCCAGCUAUCAAUGAGCAUAUUCGAAAUGGAGCCGAUUUGGCUGAUGCAGCGGUUCGUGCCUUGCAAGAUGGUGCCCUGUCCUCCUCGGUGAAUGGUGGCCAGCCCAGUAAGAGUACACUGAUCAUUCACAGUGUCCAGCGGAAUUCGAGCAAUCCAAAUGCAUUUAAGGUUGAGGUUAACAAAGAUGGCCAAAUUGAGGUGCUGGAGUCACCCACAGCUCUGGACCAGGCUGUGGCUCAGGCCUUUGAGCGGGCUGCCCAAGAGGCAGCUUCGUCCAAGGCGUCCGAGCAGAUCGAAAACGAUAUCCAAGAGGAACAGGUGCCCACUCCAGCAACGGCAACGACCAAUGAAACAGGUAACCACGAGGACAGUACAACAGACGAGUUUGGCCAACCGAAUGCCGCCUCCUCGCCCAAUGGCAGUGGCUAUCACAAUAAUUACAGUCUCAAUGGUAGCAGUCAGUUGACUGGAACUGGAACUGGACCUGGCCUGGGUUAUGGCAAUGGUGCAUACUCCUCCAAUACGAAUAGCCUGCCAAGGAAUGGUGGAGGUGGAGCCUAUCAACCAGAUCCAGCAACUCUCGAGGAUGAUCGUGGGCGUAGCAAAAAACGUAAUUUCUUUGGCACCCUCAAGAAGCGACUUAGUCGCUCCAAGACACGUACCCUAUCGGCCGAUCAGCCCAAUAACAAUCAUCAAAAACUUUCACAAACAACAACAACAAUCGGACUCACCAAUUCCAGAACAGCCACCGGAACCCUCAAUGGUGAAUCUUCCCGUUCAUUAUCUGUCGAUCGUGCCACAUUGUCUAAAAGCAAUUCACUUGGACCCCGCAUGGGCAUAGGCACCACCAUCGAUCAUCACUCAAGACGCUCUUCAAUUUCAGAAUCAUCGGCCAUCUCAGGUUUCUCUUCGGCCAGUAAUAAGACCUAUGUGCAUGAAGCAUCCACUUUGGUCCUGGAAACCAUUGAGAAUGGUGUGAAACGACACUUUAUUGUGCCUUUGGCCAUUGCCCAGAGACCGCGUUGGCGUCGCAAAGGCACCAAAUUGCAUAUCUACAACGAUCAUACCUUCAUUGCCAAGCAUUUGAGCGGAAGCGGCUUGCAAUGUUCGAUCUGCAUGAAGUCCAUACCACGCCGUCCAGGCAAACAGGGUUACGAGUGUCGUGAUUGUCAAUUGAUUUGUCACAAGCAAUGUCAUAUACGGGCACCACAAUCCUGUCCCAAUCCCACAGUGCUCUCCAUGGAACUAACAAAACUUAACUCAGCUGCAGCGGAUCGAAGCAUACGAAAAUUGUGAAGGAAACAGCAAUGAAAUCUCCUCAUCUAAUCCCAAAAUCGAAAUAUUACAUUUACAAGAAGUUUUAAUGUUAAGAAAAACUACACACAAAAAACCAACAAACAACAACAAACA